AUGAAUUUGAGUUCACUCAAAAAUCAAAUAACAGAUGUCAAAAAGUCAAACAUAGACAUACAGAAACAAAUAAGUGAAAACGAAAAGAAACUAGAAUAUGACAGACAGACAAAGAAACUCAAUGAGUUAAACGUAGAGAAAAAGAAGAAAGAAGAACAACUGAAAGAACUAAGUACAGAGGAAUAUGCGAAAAAAGUGUCAGAAAAAGCAGCAGAAGUAGCAAAAAUGGAACAAGAUGUUAUAAAUUUGAAAAACCAUACUACUCAAUAUAAAGUACUGAAAGAUGAAGAAAUAAAACAAAAAGCCCUGAAGACAUAUAUGGAUAGCGAUGAGUAUAAAAAAGAAGUUGAAGCAAAUGUAAAGGCAGAAAAACUUUUACAGUUGCAAAACCAAACCGUACAGUAUGAAAACUUAGCACAAGAAAGUAAAAAUAACGACGCAGCCAUGCAAAAGGCAAUGAAAAGCGCAGAAUAUAUAAAAGCUAAUAAUGACUGGUUAGACGCCCAAGCCAACGCUAAAGCAGCCCAACUUAUAGGGUCAAUAAGGACAAAAAUACAAGCGGAUGAAGACAGUUCAAAUGAAGCUUUAAUGAAUGCUGACUUUAAGAACGCCUUCGAAGCUCUUCAUAGUAAGGUGAAACUAGUGAACGACUUCUCAUCUGGAAAGAAACUGAAGUCUGAAGGUUUCGACAAAGAGUUAAGAGAAGUAGCACAAAAUAUGACGAAAAUAACAGAUGCAGCAACGAGACAGGCAGUUCAAAGUGCCUAUGACGCCGUUAGAGCAACUGUUGUGGAAAGUCAAGAAAAAGAGUUACAACAGACCAAAACAGACCUAGUAAAUGCUUUCUUAAAAACGAAAAGUCAGGUAGGACAUUAUGCUGCAGAUGGAACAUAUGUGCCAGCUGGUGGAACUUAUAUACCAGCUGGUGGAACUUAUAUACUAGCUAGUGGAACUUAUAUACCACCAAACCCUCCAAGAGAAGCACCUGCACCAGGACUACCUAAAACAUUUACAUC